AUGGAGAGCGAGCUCCAGGCCAGAGAUCGCAUUGGAGUGCAAGACUUUGUCCUUCUCGAGGACUUCCAGAGCGAGGAUGCGUUUCUGGAAAACCUAAAGAAACGUUACAAUUCUGGGUUGAUUUAUGUGAGUACAAGGAAUACUUAAAGUUUGUUCAAAUUUCAAUUCGUCAAACGGCAGUGCACACAGGUAGUGUCACUUUCAAGCAGUUAAGCUUAACUUGUAAAGCACGAGUGUAGUUAACUUAUUUCUUUUAGCUACUCAAAGUUAUCAAGGCUUUUAUAGUAAUUGUUUCUCUUUUAGCGAUCCUGUUGUUGGUCUAUUUUACAUAAGUAGCACUCCUCUCUUGUAACUAGCUAAGUAUUUAUUAAAAAAAUUCCAUGUCAGUUAAUUCGCUUAAAGUAAACAACCGAUAAUUGUUCUCAAGGCUAUAACAUGUAAAUUGUUAUUCUUUUGUCAUACCGCAUUAAACAUAUUUGUUCGAAUUCCUUUACUUAUCCUUCUUUUUCAACAGACUUACAUAGGAACGGUAGUAGUGUCUGUGAAUCCAUAUAAGAACUUGCCAAUUUAUAGCCAGGAUGUCAUAGAGAAAUACAGAGGGGAAAAUUUGUAUGAGCUGCCUCCACACAUGUAAGUUUAUGUGUCCUCAAUUUUUAUUAUGCUCUAAGUUUGUGAAAAUUUAAAAGAAAAUUCGAUUCUUGUUAAGAGGCAAUAACAAAUCAUAAUAUAAUAUAAUAACAUUUAAUAUUAUAAAAUUUAUAAUGAAAUGAUAUUAUAGAAGUCACUGGUUUGUAAAAUGAUUUUUAGUUAGAAGAUUAGAAGUAGUCAUGUCAGAUUUACAUUCUUUUGCAAAUUUGUGGUGCUUAUUAAGAAAGUAAUUAUUAUCAAGUUGCUACAGGCUAGAUUCUUUAAUUGCUAAUAUAAUUAACAUUAAUUUUGAAAAAUUUAAAAUAUUCAGUGCCCCUAUAAUAAAAAGCAGCUGCCAUGGGUGUAAACCAUAAAACAAAAAAAUCUAUAAUUUGUUGGCUCUAUAUGUUGUGGGCUCUUUACUCAUUACCAGUAUUUUAUUAUUGUUAUUUUACAAGUAGGCACCUGUUUUUUUAAGCUAUUGAUAGGGUUUUUUAAAGGUGUCAAAUUAAGAUGGAAUCCAUCAGGAAAUUGAAUAUGAAAAAUUUCAAUUUUCAGUGGACAAAAACAUUGUACCAGAAUAAUUUAAACAACGUUGUAUUCUUUUUUUACACUUUUCAAGGCCUAGUUAUCUGUAAUAACACCAAAGACUAUUUCUUAUAGGAGCCUGAGAAAAUAACAAGAAUUGUGAAAACAGAGGUAAAAUUCUGAAAAUUUUGUGUGUAAGGUGUCAUUUGUGAAAUUUGACAUUUAUUUUCCCAGGCUCUCGUAAGAAAUUUUCUUUGAUGUUAUUACAGGUAACUAACUACAUCUAUAGCCCUUGAAAAAUGUAAAAAAGAAUGCAACAUUGUUUAAAUUAUUCUGGUACAAGGGUUUUGUCUACUAAAAAUGAAAAUUACUCAAUUUCCCGAUGGAUUCUGUCUUAACUCUUCCGAGUUCCAAGAGUGACCAACAUCGAUUAUCUCCUUACAUUAUCUUUUCAUAAUCAAGAGGGAAGGUAAUGAGAAUCAAUAAAAUGAUCACUUACAGUAAAAUUCUUUUCUCAACUUCUUGUAUCAACUUCUCUCAACUAAUUUUGUAAGGAAAUGUUUUGAGAUCAGUUUGAAGAAUUUGUAUGUGGGUAUAAAUGGCGAUUAAAGGGUUAAAGUUGGGUUUUGUCUCCCCAUUUUUCCUCAAGAAUUGGAUAAUGAAAUGAAAAUCAUUAGGAAUAACCUAUUAUAAACAAUAUUUGCCUCUGAAAGUGAGGAGAGAGGAAUCUUGAUGAUCCUGGUUAUUCUUGAAGGAUUUGAGAGUACAUCACAUUAUGCUGAAUAGAGGAGCAAGUGCACUUAGUACAUUUACCUGUAGCUUGAGCUGAUUGGCAUUAAAAAGAUCUUGUAUCUGUCAACCACACAUUUUUGUUUUUUUUGAGUGUAUUCUUAUACAUGACUGUCAAAAUGUCAAAUAUAAGAAGAUUUUCAUGCCAUAAUCUGCACGAAGGUUAAUAUUUAUUAUUAUUGACUUUGAUUCUGUUGACUAUUAUUUUGAUGUCUCUUUGUGGUAGUAUUGCCAGUGUUAAUUCUUUUCUGUGACCCCCCGCACAAUUUUAUUUCAUAGUUUCACAAUUUACUUCUUUAUUUCUUUAUUUAUUCUAUAAUUUCAAAAUGUUUUGGCCAAUUUUGUUUGAAUAUUUUGGGGGAGUAGUGAGUGACUUCAUCUUGACAUUAUGUUUGUUCUAAAUCCCAAACCAUGUUCCAUUUUGUGUCAAUUGUUAAGUCCAGAAACCUGUUGAGUGAUAAUUCAGGGUUUUGAGCAUAGAAUCGAGAGGAGGGAAAAUAAUUUUUCAGUGACAAUUCUUUAACAAACGUGGUUUGUAGAGCACACCAUAACAUAAAUGAGUGCACACAUACAUCACCAAAUACACUACCUCAUCAAUUAUUUAGUUCAGCAAGCGAAUGCUUGUGCUUCUCUUACUAUCCCAUUUAUAGGUCAUCAGUAAAACGUGGUCAGUGGUGGCUGCUGUAGAAUUUAUUAUGAAUGCAUUUUGGAGAUUUGAUAGGUGCUCAAGAAGCUAGGGUUGCUCUUAGCCAUCACCCUUAUUGAUCUACAUCCGUCAUGCUUAGCAAACCUCCCGCUUGCAUCCAUAACAAGAAAGUUCUUCAGAGUUAUAUCUCAGUAGUAGUAAUAUUAAUAUAGUAAGCAGAUUAUCAUGGUCUAGUUUGAAUGCACAUUUCAGUGCUUAAACAUUAUUUAUGUACUUUUUCAGCUAUGCUAUUUCAGACGCAGCUUACCGUUCGAUGAAAGAAGAGAGAAUUGAUCAAUGUGUGUUAAUUUCUGGAGAGAGUGGAGCGGGAAAGACAGGUACGGUCAAAUAUGGUGGUCUGAUUUCAGCUAAGACUAAUAAAUGCUCCGCAACAAGUUCAGUUUGAAUGGGUGUGGCAAAGUCAGAUGCUCGUUCAAUCUAUAUAACCAAGAUAAGAGAUCCAAUUUCACACUGAUUGGAUGAGUAACAUUAUUGAAUUGGAUUACUGAUGUUUUAGCAGAAGAGAGAAAGUAUAGGAAUAUUAUAUUGUUAUUUAGUCAGUGCAAGUGUAAAAUCACUGAGUAUUUUGGCUCAUAAAGGGCCUUGGGUUUCUAAAUGUGACUGGGAUGAGUUUGUUUUAUUUUUUUAUGUGAAGCAAUUGUCAUAUUUUUUAGGGAAUUUAAACUGAUUAUUAUUAAUAUUAAUAUUAUUAUUAUUAUUAUUAUUAUUAUUAUCAUGCCCAUUCCUUGUAGACUCAGGCAGGAUGUUCGGCCUGGUUUAUAGUCCUUUGGAGCAGGUUACAACAAGUCACCAUGGGUCCCAGGUCUCUCUUUUCCUUCUUCUCACAGGGACAGUACUUUCCUUAGUAUCUUUGCUGUCCCCAACAAUGCUAUUUUCUGGAUAACUUCCAAUCUCACGUUGAUGCCGAUUCGCUUCAUCUACUCCUUAAAGUUGAAUGAUACGGCUCUGAGGGCCCUAAUAACAACAGGAACUACAAUGACUUUUCAGAUCAUCAUCAUCAUUAUUAUUAUUAUUUCUAUUAUUACUAUUUAUAAGUAAGGGAGCCUAACUUGCUAUGACAGUUUUCAAUGGGGCUGUCAUUAUCAUAUUGAUGCAAUGGUAAUUAUGGCUAUUAUUCUAUCACAUAUUUUUAGAGGCAUCAAAGAAAAUCUUGGAAUACCUAGCAGCAAUAAGCACUUCCUCAGAUGAUGUUGAGAGAAUCAAAGAUCGUCUCCUUGAGAGUAACCCCGUUUUGGAGGUGAGUUCUCAGUGGGUGGGAUAAUGUAUAGUGGGAUCAGGGUAUGGUUUUUUGAGGAACUCAAAUAGGAUAAUGAUAUUAUUGUGAUCUCUUGCUAGGUACCUAAAAUUACUUGAGCCAAGCUGUUGCUACAAAAAUUGAAGUAUCUGUUAGUAGACAUAUUAAAUUUUGCAAGCAGAAUACUGCAAUGCUGAUUGUACUACGUGAAAAGUUAACUCUGCAAGACAUCAACACGACACCAAAAGAACUCAAAACAGAGCGGGAUUGUAGCCAUAAACAGCUGUUUCGCCCUCUUUGGGCCCUCUUUUACGAUUAGCAUUGCAGUGUUCUGUUUGCAGAAUUUAAUAUGUUUACAUUAUUAUUUUUGCUGAUCAGGUCUUUAUAGAUCCUACGUUCUUUGGCAUAUUCGUUUGCAGUCCUUUGCAAAAGAAAAUGAAACAACACUUUAUCAAAGAUUACUAGACAUCUGUACGUUGUCUGGGUAACUUUAAAAUGGAAAUAAUACUGUUUUGCAAUGUAUGAAUUUUUAGUCUCUCUAUAUACUGGUAGUUUACUUAACUAUUUGUGUGUGUUUCUCUGUUUUCUUUGUUCUUGUGUCCCUGACCUAAACAUUUAAACAUCUUUUCUUUUAACUGGCUGCCUGGCAUUUUUAACUCUUAGGUUAUUUCGGGCAGCCAGCGCCCCUAUCAUCGUCUGUACUAUUGUUAUAAAUUUUUAUUUCUUGCAUAUUAUGGGGUUAAAUAAAGUGUUGUUGUUGUUGUUGUUGUUGUUGUUGUUGUUGCAGUCCCUUGUGGUUAAUUUUUGUACUAUCUGUUAGUAUUUAGAUAAUAGCAAAUUAAUGAUCCAAGUAAGGUUUACUCUAGAAUUCUAAGCUUUGUAGAAUUUCUAUGAAGAAAUAAGAAAUAAAUUCAAAAAAAUAACCUGUUCAAGUUUUAUUGUUCCUUGGUUUUCCUUUUUGAAAUAGCCUGGCAAAGAAAGUGACAGCUCACUUGCAUGUCCACUUGCCACUUGAAAUAGAGACAUUGCUACCAGUCCAUAAUAUUUCUUGGUAGUUGUGGGCAUUCGCUAUUCAAUGAGCCACUGCAGUUUACGUUAGGAAUUCUGAGGACAAAUGCAUGCUAUUUACAUACUAAGCAACGUCCACUAUGGUUCCACGUUUCCUUUUUCACCCAUUUCAACCAACCCAAAACAAUAAACAACACUGUGUCAGUCACACGUGCCUGACACAAAAAAUCCUCACAUAUGCAUGAUACCAUGACCUCUAAGUGUACUCUCUGAUAGCUUCUUGGUUUUUGAUAUUUCCCAAAACUAUCCUUUUUAAAGGCUUUUGGCAAUGCAAGAACCAAUCGAAAUGAUAAUUCAAGUCGCUUUGGCAAGUACAUGGAUAUUCAGUUUGAUUUCAAGGUGAGAGUAUGUAAUUAAGUGUAGAAAUGCUGUGAAUGUUACAUGCAUUUGUAUGCCACAUUACAUGCUAACUCACUUAAAAUGUUUCAAUUUUAGGGAUCUCCUGUUGGUGGGCAUAUUAUCAACUAUCUGUUGGAAAAAUCCAGAGUUGUCCAUCAAGCAAAAGGUUUAUUUAGUCCUCAUUUUGUUAACCAUUAGGCUUCAGUAAUUCUCUCUAAUUUACAACCAGUGGCAAAAGUGUUGAGACACUCCAAAGAAAAAACAACCUUCCUUGCUUCAAAUCGCUGCUAGUCACAAGUCUGUGAGAUAUAAUACUCAACCUCCCCCUUCCCUUCCAUUCAAAAUUGUUCCUCCAAGUUUUGAGCAUGAUCUUGUAUUGCUGUUAACUUUGAUAAGGGGUGGAGGGGGACCACAAGCACAAGAUCAUGGAGAGCCCAUGUAAGCGAAAAUACGGUACAGUGUCUCAAGUACUUUUGCAACUGGUUGUAGGAUUUAAUUGACUGCACCAACACAGCUACCAUCAUGUUUUGGCUGAAUUAAAAUGUGAACAGCAGUAUGUUUCCUACAGAAAAACUACCGACAACUUGCUUUUGAUUCUUGAUUUUAUUGUUUCACCUUAGGUGAAAGAAAUUUUCACAUCUUUUAUCAGCUGUUGCAAGGUGGCAGUAAUGAGUUACUGGACAUUCUUGAUUUGGAACGAGACACUUCAAAGUAUUUUUAUCUCAGUCAGGUAUGCCUAGAUGUGUCUCAUUUUUACCUCUUAUUAAGGUGGCUGAACACAGUUUUGCAGGCUGUCAGCGGUAAUUGGCGUGACGGCACAUGUUUUAAAUUAGACAAACAAAGUUGGUGGCGAAAAAGCAAUGGUACACAGAGGACAAUUAUUCAAAAUCUACUCAUUAAAAUUUUGUGAUAUUUGUCAGAAUUGUUACUUAAAAUAAUAAAUAACGAGAACUUUAAAAUGGAAGUUAAACAGACAAAUUUUGUGACACAUUUAAUAAUUACGAUACAAUUGUAUUAUUGGUUAUCUAAAAACCCGUCUGUUAAAAUUUGGUUAAAUAAGUUUCAAAUGGUAAUGAGUAAUUAUAGUAAGCUGUGUGUAAGUUUAUAGGAAAAUCUAAUGGGCGAAUUUUACUUAAACUGAGCAAAAGUGAAAUUUUAAAGUUGCAUUCAAUCAUUCAUGUUGCCAUGGAAACUAUGAAAAUGUCAAAAUUUACUUGUCAAUACAAAUCUUUCAUCAGUAUUUUAUUCACUUGCCAAGUAACCUCAGCUUGUGAGCCGCAACCUUUCUCUUGCCGUGAUUUGGCAAAUGACAUAUAUCUCUCAGCUACCUUAAGAUGACACCACUAUGCUGUUAGUACAUAUCCAACCCUGUAAAUGUUACAAGUCAAAUUUGAUUUCAGGUUGAAUCGUGUUAGCCCAGGUUUGUUCUUAAUUUUUUUGCCUGCUAAAGGAAAUUGAGAUUUAACUGAGGUUAGAUUAAAAUAAACCUGACAUCACAUUUGACCUGGGGCCCGUUUCUCGAAAGUCCCAGUUAUUUUUCGGGCCCAAAAUCAAAUAUUCAAAUCAAAAUAUAAAGAAUAGGAGCGCGGGUCCUGGCAAGCAAACUACUCCAUUUUGUUUCACUAACUGAUAGUUUUAUCAUGCUAGAUGGAAAACUAUUGAAACCUUGAUUUUUAAUGUAAACGGAGAGAGCUUACCGGGCCCGUUAAUUAUCGGGACUUUCGAGAAAUGGGCCCCUGGAACAUAAUGUAAUAUGCCAAACACUGAGAAACAGAUGAAAGCAUGGGGCUGUAGGCCGAGUGCUUCCAUCUGUUCUGAGGUGUUUGGAGCCCAUGAUGAAGCACAAAGCCCAAGUUUUUGCCUUUUCUUCUCAAAUGAAACAAUAAAAAUGCAACUGCAAGUGUUUUGAUCUCAAAUAAAAACCUUGUGGUGUUAGAUCUGGUGUUUCAUUGAGUAUCAAGAUUCAUCCACCUGACCCAAAUGGUUGUUAUUUAUUGGCUUUCAACAGCAAGAAUAAUUCAAUGAGUUUGAGAACAACAUCAGAAAACUGGUAUCAGUGUGAUUCAUUCUAGAGCAGGAGGUGUUUCAGUGGCACCCAACGAGAAUAUAGUUCAAAACAGCUAAAACAUAGCAUUGUUAAACGUAUUUUAGUAUUUAAAUGGUAGAUAUAGGCAUAUUUUCAUGUCCUAAAAGUUUUUCAUCUGUUUGGAUUUCCUAGCUGAAAGUCUAGUGAUCCGAAAAUGAUAGGGAUCAAAACUUACCCUGUCGAAAAUUUCAGGUAGAAAAAGGCUCCCGAAAAUUCUAGGUGACCUUUUUAGGGUAAAAAUCCCUUAAAAAUGGGCAAUUGUACCAUUUUUUAGAUGUUCGAAAAUGCUAGGAGAGGUAGGCAAGCAAGAACUUUUACAACAAAAUUAAUAUUCUGAAAAUUCUAGAUCUCAAAUCAUCUUCCAAACAGACAUUUUUCGGAAAAUUGACGUUGGGUGCCCCUUGUGUUUAUGAUCUCAAAUUUUAGGGUGGUGACACUCAUGUGGAGUCUCUUAAUGAUGUGGCCAACUUCAAGCAUGUGAAGGAAGCCUUAUCUAUUAUUGAGUUCACUGAAGAGGAGCAAAAUGCAUUGUUUGCUAUCAUCGCAUCUGUCAUCCAUCUGGGAACAAUUGGUUUUCUAGACCCAGAAAUUGAACAUGGUGAAGUUAAACUAGAAAAUGGUCGACCUGUCAAUGUUGUGUCAAAGGUACUGAAAAUAAAAACUAGAAUAUAUAUAACUAAUAUGAAAGAGUGAGUUGCUAAGAGGUCAAUAUUAGACCUUGAUUAACAUUAGUUGCUCAUAUGAGACUUAUUUUCCAAAAAUUUUGACCUAAUGCUAUGCUAAAAUGAUAUUACCAGAAAAUGCUCCAGUUAGAGCUAUAUAAACAGUGCCCUAGACUUGUUAAAGUGUGCAUAAGCAACAGAAAUCAUAAGUUUUAUUUAUGACUUAAAUCCCUUAAUGAGUGUUUAGAACUGCAUAGGUUCGAAUGACAGCAACUCUUUUAUCUUCAAAUAUUAUAUUUGGUGAGCUACAUUUUACUAUAUGAAUUUAUUGGCAAGCUGAGAAUGCCUAAUUGGACAACAGAAAAUAACUAUUUCUUGAAUAUUAUUGAGUUGCAAGAUGACAGCAAGCUACAGUUUGUACUGUGGUUUGCACGUUGUUUGUGUCCUCAUUGAACUACAUGCAUAUGUGUUUUGUUGAAAGACAGUGACACUGAAAAAAUAUUUUAGGCAUUCAUGGUUUCAUUAUGUAAAUGCAUGGUAUCAUAUUAUUCCUUGGCGUUUAAUUUUUUUAUCCAUUUGCUAAAGUGACACACUUUUUUGGUGGGAGGAAAACCCUUUACUGUUAGGCCUACUAGUGUUUUUAUUUAUUUAAAAGUUGGCUAGUAUGUUUGUGUAAUGAUGUGUUAAAAUAUCUAAAUAAAAUAGAUAGUAAAAUAAAAAAAUAUUUCUACUUUAAAUCCUGUACAAUUUUAUUUCUUGUCCUUCACUCUGUCCAUCACUUAUCUUUCAUAGCUUCUGGGCUGUCCAGAAGAGGUUUUGGAGAAAGCUCUCACAAGUCGGACAGUAGAGACUAGAGGAGAUAAGGUACUGAUAAAAUUCUCAGCUUUUCUACACCAGACAAGGAACAUUUGGCAUUAUCCCUGUAAUAGCACCUUUUCUGUUAUGGCUCAACAAAAUCCUAUGACCUUCACACACACAGUUAAGGGUUAGUUUAGUUGUUUUUCAAUAAAAUUAUCCAAAAUAGGCUCAGAGCCACAAGCUGCUUCCAUGAAAAUGAAACCAAAAUGUGAGCAACUUUUUUUGACACAUGUCUUUGUGCGUGACCUCGGGGAGUUUUUACUUACAAUAAAGACUAAUCUUUCUAGUGGGUUACUAGCUUAAUUUUUUCUUUGUUAAAUGCAAGUUUUUUAAUACAUCAUUGUCUUGUCUGUAGGUGAGGACACCACUUACCAGUGAGCAAGCUAUCUACGCCCGUGACGCACUGGCUAAGGCUGUAUAUGACCGUAUGUUUACUUGGCUUGUUCAGCGAAUCAAUACAUCACUUGUCAGCCAGGUAAUUUGGCCCAGACAUACGUACACUAUUAAAUAAAUAGUUAUGGAGUUAAGGGACAAUUGCAUCACCAGUAUUAUAAAGGAUAAAGUAUUAUAAAUGCUCAAAGAUUUUAAAAUAGUUUCUUAUAACAAUUGUCAAGAAAGCUUUUAAUAAAUUAAAGGGUUUAAAUAUCCAUUUUUUUCAGAUACCGCAUCAUCACCUAUCUUAUCUUGUCUCUUAUUCCAUUUGGCAGCUUUUGUGCACCAUAGUUUGAGUGUUUUGUGGAAAAAGGACCCAGCUUCACACCAAAAUACUGGACUAGUUAAAGUUGAAAAAAAUGUAGAAGGGUCUGUUUGAUCUCAUCCUCCCUAAAAAUUCACCCUCCCCUGCCAAACAAAUUUGUGUUAAUUGCUCUCUGAAAUCACUCUCCUGGUGAGUGUUGUAGAAAAAAAUAAACAAUGCUUGGAGACAUGCAACUGUUUAACUGCUAAGAUCUUAUUUUUUUUAACUGUUAUUUUGCCAAUGUUGUAGUCUUACAGAGGAAAGAAGACACUCAUGGGUAUACUGGACAUCUAUGGCUUUGAAAUUUUUGAAGCAAACAGGUACUUUGUAACUGCUAUACCUGUAAAAAACUGGACAUUCUAAAUCCCUUUAUGAAAGGGGAACAGCGCGAAAACACUUUUUUUUAACUCUUCAAGCCCCAAGAGAGUGAUCAACAUUAAAUUUUCUCCUUGUAAUACACGUAUCCAUGCUUUACAAAACAAAGUAGUCUUGUGUGACCAGGUCCUGAAUCAUCAACUUCUCCCCACUGCUUCUAUAGGAAAUGUAUAGGCACAACAAAUGAGAAUUAAAAUUUUGAUAUUAGGGUUUAAAGGGUUAAUGUACGGGGCAGCAUGGUUGGUACAGUGGUCAGAGCACUCACUACCUCCCAAUGAAGCCAGGGUUCAAAUCAAGGAUGAGCUGCUACAUAGUGGGACAAGUUUGUUGUUGGUUCUUGCUCUCGCCUUUAUUCUCCAGGCCCUCUGGUUUUUCCCUCUCCUCAAAAACCAAGAUUUCUAAAUUCCAAUGCAAUCUGGAUUUAGUAAUAGACAAAGAACCAAUUUUUGGAAACCCUACCACUAAAUCAUUAUUUUUCAUUCAAUCAAUUUUAAUAAUUAUUUAUCUAUUUAUAAAAACGUUUGCAGUAUAUUAAAAGAAAUUUUUUUUCUCAGUUUUGAGCAGUUCUGUAUCAAUUAUUGUAAUGAGAAACUUCAACAGUUAUUCAUUGAGCUGACAUUGAAGGAAGAACAAGAUGAGUACCGAAAGGAAGGAAUAAUGGUAACUUUACAUUGAUUUCUCUUUUAACACACUAUCUUAAUGUAACCAUUUGUGAAAAUCAUCAAUUUUGUCACUGCUACUUACUAGUCUGAAUUUUUUUGGCCGAUAUCAGCUUUAAUGAAGAAGACUUAGGGCCUAUCCACACUAGUGAAGAAGCCAUUUAUUUAGACAAUUUUUUUGUCAUCACCAACACUUAACAAAUGCAGAUGGUUUGUUGCAGUUUUAAAAAUUUUGUCCCAGACAGGAGGUGCGCACAAAAUUGACUAAAUAAACAGAAAUGUGUUUUUCUUGUCAGUCAUUUGUUGUAAAGCCAUUAUUCUUUCCACUAACAAAUGCAAGUGUUGUCAGAUGUAACGGCCUAAUAAGAGUUACUAGUUUCUGGUUUGGAUAAUAUUUUUCAAAACAAAAAUUGUCACCAUUUUUUGGUAUAGAUGUUUCAAAGACAAUUCCAAUUUUGUCUGCUGGUGCGAAUAGGCCCUAGCUCACGAGACAAAAGUAUAGUUCACAUUGAGAGUGACAUACCCCAUUAAAAAAACAUGCUCCAUUUAUUUUGUAAGAGGCCAAAAAAAUGAUAUUGCCAUGCAAAAGUGCUUUUACAGAAGUUUGAUCUCAGAGGAAUAGGAUUUGAGUCACAGACUUUAAAAAGCCUUUUAGCCUGAUGAGAAUCUUAUUUUGAAAAAAAAGUUGAAUUAAAUGUAAAGCAACCUUAGCCAUAUAAUAUUAUUUGAAAGGCACACACAAGAAACUUGGUUGCUUCUAUACUAGCUACAAACCUGUGAAAGCUAGUUGUCCUCAUGGACUGUACUAGUUUAGGAGUUUUUUGUUUUCUUAUUGAUAGCUAUGAACUGUAUCUAACUAUUUUGAAUAGUUUUGACAAUUGUUUAAUCUUGUUGUAGUGGGAGGAGGUAGAGUUCUUUGACAACAAGGUGAUAUGUGAUCUUAUUGAAGCCCGGCACCAAGGAAUUAUUGCUCUUUUGGUAAGCAACUUAUCUUCUUAUCUUAUGCAGCUACACUUACUGUUGUGGCAGACAUUAAAUUUUGUAAUGGUAAUGUAGUCUAUCCCUUAAAGUCCCAAUAUUAAUAGUGACCAAAAUCAAUUUUCUCCUGACAAUAUCAAUACACUGUCAAGAGAUAAGCUAUGAGAAUUAAUAAAAUGGUCACCCAAGAGAAAAUCCCUUGAUCUCGUGUCAAAUUCUCUCAACUAAUUCUUUAUGGAAAUGUAUGGAGAUCAGUUUGGACAAUUUGUAUGUGGAUACUGGGGCUUAAAGGGCUAUUGGUUAAACUCUAAGCUAACAGAAAUUUUGGAGAGUAGGUACUGUUAAUGUAGCUAAGCAAGGUAGGAGGGCAGCAUUCGAGAUCCUCAGCUGAAAAUAGGAGGUCACCAAAGGUGACUGCCCACUUCCAAGCACCCUAAGAGACCCUUAGGGCAGAAUUAAUACUUACCCAAGGAUGUGGUCAGAUAUAAAAGCAGAAGGUGCACUUUCAGUUUUUUUUUUUAAAUUCUAAUGGAUAGGAUGAGGAAUGCCUUAGACCUGGAGAAGUAUCGGACAUGACAUUUCUGGACAAGAUGGAGAAGACAAUUGGAGAGCAUGCUCAUUUCAUCAGGUAGCUGGUGACUGUUUUUGUUUAACCCCUGCGAUUUUCUAUCUCAAAUUAUAUGCUUAUGCUAAUAACAGCUCAUAUUAUGUAACCUCACAGUUGCUGGUACAAAGCAGCAAAAUGCUUAAUAUUGAGGGGUGUAAUGUUGCCUCAUGUUAUUUCAUAGAGGUGCUGCUAUAAAUAACGUGACUGUCAGAUUAACCCAAUACUAUCACUUGUCAAUAAUAAAUAGUUAUUUAUAGAAUUAGGAUACAGCUUUCAUUCUUUCUGUUUACCUAGUCCAAAAGUAUUUUUAUUUAUACUGUUAACAGUUUUGAACAAAAUAUUUUACAAUUAAUUUUCUCUUUUGACAGUCAUGCUACAUCUGGGUACAGUGAGCGGAAAACCAUCCAAAGGGAGGUGUGUGUCAUUGCUUUUGGUGUUUCACUUCUGUAGUUUUUCCAAGCAUAAGACAAACCACUCCAUGUUUAUUACUUGUGGCUUUGUGUACACAUUCAGUUGGCUGUUCUUUUUGACAGCCGUGAUUUAUAAUUUUAUAAUAUUUUUAUGUAAUAACAUUUUCCUUGUUAAGUGGCAAGGUGGCACUCAAGCUGACAUUGUACAAGUUCUGCCAAAAAAAAAAAAAGUUAUAAUGAUAAUGAUGAAAAUAAUAAUAAUAAUAAAAAUGAUGAUGAUGAUGAUGAUCAGAAUGAUAAAUUAAAUUGGUGUUGGACCAUGAAACCCCUCAACAUUAGAUUUUUUUAUUUCUGAAACAUUAAUUUACUUCAAGGAAGCAACCAAACAGCUGUGAUUUUAAUCAACACCAAGACAUUGUUAAGUUUGCUUGUUUGUCCUCUGACAAUUUCACCAUCACAAUUAUCUGUAUAAUAUGCUUUUUGAUUUGAUUCCUUCUUUUUUCUCACAGGAAUUCAGAUUGAAACACUAUGCUGGAGAUGUCACAUACAAUGUUAAUGGUAAAGAUUCUUAACACCCAUCCAGCAAAAGUUCAUAAAAAUGCCAUGAUUUUAUUUUCCUCUCUAUAUUCACUCCAAGUAUGCAACAUAUAGUUUAAGUAAAUUUACUGUCUUAAUAUUAUUAUUUUUUUAUCAGCAAAUGCUGCAUGAGGUUUUUUUAUGAUCACGCAUAGGCUCUUGAUUUCACAGGAUAAAAAUUAAACAAGAAAUAAUUCACAGAAAUGUUAAGACCAGAACAUGUAAUUUUUUGUUUGUGGUGUUCACGUUUCACAUACUUAUAUUAUUCACCCAGGUUUUGUAGACAAGAAUAACAAUCUCCUGUUCAGAGAUCUGAAAGAGGUGGGUCAAUCUUAACGCAAUCUUACAUCUCAUGACAGUUUUUCCAAAUUGUAUUAAUUUGUUAUUUUUACUACAUGCAUCUGCCAUGCUUUGCCAAAACAUAUGAGCUGCCACAUGCCACUGUCUUUGUGUGACAUCAUUACUCAGUAUUUUUUCUUUCUAUAAAUAAAGAUGCUAAACUUUCAGUUACACACUACCUCUUUUAAUUGUUUUUCAUGGACCAGGCAAUGUGUAACAGUACAAACUGCAUCACAUCAGAAGUGUUUCCAAAGAAAGAAAUGCUGUCUUUGAAAAGGCCAGAAACAGUAAGUCUUGCACAUAAAAUGAAAAAAAAAAAAUUACUGACUGAAGGUCAUGCAUUUUACUGAGUUAUUGGUCUUUAAUUUUUAUUUUGGAUUUUGUUAUUCUCUAGGCAGGAACACAGUUCAAGACAAGUUUGAACAAUCUGAUGACAAUCUUAAUGUGUAAGCAGCCAUCCUAUGUGAGAUGCAUCAAACCAAAUGAUUCAAAAAAAGCAGGUCAGAAUAUAUAUGCUUGGUGAAUUCACUUUUAUAGCAGUUAGAAAACAUCAUUGCAAGUGAGAGCCUUGACCUUGGAAAGCAAGCUUGAGGGUCAAGGAAGAACAAUGCAUGUUUUCUUGUUCACCUUGAGGUCAAGAGUGGUUUUAACUAUAUCCCUGUUGGUUUAUUUAGAUUUUUAAUCAUGUUACCUCAGUUUAGUUGUCAAGUGUUAUUGUAGCCACACCUUCCCCACAACACAUAGGCUGGUGUUAUUGAUAUGAAUAGCCUUCUCUCCUGGUUUAAUGAUUUUUAUAUAAAAAAAAACUCAGCGUUGUGAUUUCGAUAUUUUUGGGUGUCAGUUGGCCCAAGAGAAGGAAGAUAGUAGUCCAAUAGUUCAAGUUUGGAAGUAAACAUACUUACAGCAUUCUAAGAGGUGUCGGCUGUCAUGCCAAUAACAAUGCAACUUGGAUGUCAAGAUUCAAGCUUGAUCAGUUAAUUUACCAGUACUGUAUUUUUAAUUAUUGCAAAUGAAUUCUCAUAAUCAGUACCGGUAUCUUCCAACCGAUUCUUGUUGUUUUCUAACAAGUGAACAUUGAUAAGUGUUACUUUUCUGAAAAACAAAACUUGCCAACUUUGUUCUCACUUAAAUGUGCAUCCCCAUUCAAUUCCGCUGAGGCUAAAAAGUUUAAAUUCUCCCUGGGCCUAGUAACAAAAUUAAUAAAAAUUUAAACCUGUGUUAUUUGGAAUUUUCACAUUUUUUUUUUUGCAGCUGUGUUUCAAGAUGAUCUUGUGAAACAUCAGGUAAAAUACCUGGGUCUGAUGGAGAAUCUUAGAGUUAGAAGAGCAGGCUUUGCUUAUCGCAGACCUUUUCCAUUUUUCCUUCAAAGGUAGGCUGUGCGUGAUGUACCAGACGCUUCAACUUUAGUGAAAGUAUAUUUGCUUUAAAAAUACUCAGUGCAUUCUGGUUAUCAUUUGCUAUGGUCAUUUGUAACUCAAAAUAAAUAUUUCAUUUUCAUUGUAAACAUCACAGAUACAAGUGUUUGUGUCCAGAUACUUGGCCAACUUGGUAUGGUAUGUAAAUUUCUUAGUUUUGGGUUUGAAUUGUUGCUGGCUGUAAAAAAAAAGUUUCUUUAUUUAUUCAAAAUGUUUAAAAAGAAAUCAAAUUUGAGGUCACUUACAUGCUUGUAUUCAAGUAGUUCAUAGAGGAGAGAAAUGCUUUAGUUCUUGACCACCAACAUGGCCACUGUGAACUCACGUGUAAACCAGCAAUAUUUUUUGUUGUUUCUAGAUGAUCCUGGUGCAGGAGUGAAAAAAAUCUGUGAGCAUCUGGACUAUAAACCAGAUGAAUACCGGAUUGGGAAGUAAGUAGUUUUCUCCCUUGAACUCUUUGAAAGAUUAUUUAAAGAGACAGGAAUAUAAACGGCCUUGUCAUAUAAGUUAAAUACUAGCUUGAUUAAGUGGGUAGUCUUGUUGUCACCGUUUCCUCUUUGAACUUAGCUCAAUAUCUCACUCUCUCUGAUUGCAUUGUGCACCAUAACCAAGUAAAGGAGGGUCCCCCAUGUUGGAAAUUUUGAGAGGGAGGGGAGACAGUCAUGGGGCACAUAUAAUAUUUUAUUAUUAUGUACAUCAAGAUAUACGUGCCCCAUGACUAAUAUAUUUUUUACCAAAAGAAAUUUGGAGGAUAACUUCUUGUCCCAAUAAUAUUGUUAUUAUGCCUUAAUGGGCAAAUUGCGAUAUUAAAUGACACAAUAUUCUGCUUGACAGGACGAAGAUUUUUAUUCGAUUUCCAAAAACUUUGUUUGCUACUGAAGAUGCUUUUCAAGCCAAAAAGCCUGCUCUUGGUAUGUUUCUUAGAAUGUAAGAAUGUUUUAAAUUUGUUUCUGGACCUUAUAUCUGUAGACUUUUAAAGCUGCAAGUUAAUUCCUCUUCUGUGAUUUUGUCGGUCAAUUAACUUUGUAAUUUUUUCUUCAGCAACAAUUAUCCAAGCACAAUUUAAAGGUUACUAUCAGCGCAAGAAGUACCUUAGAUUGCAAGUCGCAGCUCUCACCAUAGCAACACACUGGAGAAGAGUACUUGCUCAAAGACUUCUUGAGAGAAGAAGGAAGGCCACACAGCGGAUUCGCAAGUAAGUAUUGUUUGAUAUAUUUUGCUUCUCUCACAACACCAUGGGUGUUUUUAAUCCUCCUUUUUGUACUAGUGAACAUAGUUCUAUGUUCUCACAACUCAAAAUUCACGAUUCCUACAGUAGAAGCAAUAUUGGGUAUACUUGCGUAAUAAAAUGUCUCAUGAUGUUGAGGGCAUAUCUUAAAGUCAGAACAGUUCUAGAGUUCUCAAGUUCUCAUUACCAGAUUUUCUAAGAUUAAAAUUUCACCUUUUUUCUUGCACUAGCUGGUUUGUGCUUAUUUUACUCAGUCUUCAAAUAAUAUUUUUUGAAGGCUGUAAUAUCUAGCUUAUAUUUUCCUGUCAGGCAAGCAAGGGAGGGGUAGGUUGGGUGGGUUAACUCAGACAUGGUUUAUAUUGAAACUGCUUACACUGUGCAUGUAGGUUAUUCACAGGUUACUCACAGCUUACCAUUGGCAACUAGGUACCUUUUUUAUUUUUUUAUCUGCUGUUUUGUAAAGGUUUAUCAAGGGAUUCAUAACAAGAAACCAGCCUGCCAAUGAAGAUAAUGUUGAUGUAAGUGUAGUGUUAAUUAAUUCUUGGUGAAAGAAUCAAAGAUGGUAAAUUUUAUUGUUACAGUAAUUAGUUCUUGCUUGUUAAUAUCUUUAUUGAUGACUGGCUGUAUUCACACUAGAGAUGGAUUAUCCGUUGGAUAAUUCGCGUCUGGCAGAUAAUACGUCUUAAUUUGAAAAUGGAACACUCUUAAUUUUGGAUGGGCAAUUCGCCUGACUUUAUCCAUCUGUUUUUCUAUCAUUUUUGACGGAUUUUGAAGAUGUAUUAUCCAUCUCUAGUGUGAAAAUGGCCACUGUUAUGUGACUUUUGAAAGUUAUUGCAAAUUAUAUUAUUAUUAACUGUCCCAUCUGUUUUAGUUUGUGGCAUAUGUGAGAAAAUCUCAUCUUCUACUUCUGGCCAGAAGUCUACCCACUACUGUACUGGACAAGAAAUGGCCAAAGCCUCCUGGAUCAAUGAUAGAGGUUACAGCAUUUUUUUUACCACAUGACUGUGUCGUCACGAGUUCAGCAUAAAGCAUGCUUUUUUUCCACACAUAAAAGUUUGAAUCGGUGACAUCAGUGAUAAAGUUUACUAUUUUAAUGAGGCUACCAGUGGGAGAUUUAGUAUGUCAUUCUCUCUCUCCUCUUUUUAAAAUUUCAGUGUUGUAGUUUGCCCAUAAAUAAUUAUGAACACCCAUAUUUCCUUCAACCAAUGAUAAUAUGUUCCAUUCUAUCACAUUAGUGUUCAAUUUUAGGUACCUUUUUGCCAGUAGAGUGUUCGAUCAUUUUUAUUUUUCAACAUUUCAUUUUACAGGCUUCUGAUCAGCUUCAUAAGGUGCACACUCGCUUGCUGGUGAGGAAGUAUAUAAGAAGUAUCACUGUUGAGAGAAAAACUCAGGUAAGUAACCAUGCAUGUCCCUUUUCAUUUUAGUCUUCUCCUUUUUGUGUUGUCUUCAGGGAUGGUUGUGUACUGGUUAAUGUAGGAAGUUUGUGACUGCUUUAAAUUUUUCAAUGCAAUGUAAAUUUUACUAAAAUUAAAUUUAACAAAUUUCUGUUUUUUUUUCUUUUAGCUCAGCAUGAAGGUGACAGCCAGUGAAGUGUUUAAAGGGAAGAAAGCUAAUUAUGAGUCAAGUAUUCCACUACCAUUCAGUGCAUACAGACUUGGUAAUUUUUUAUUAACUAUUUUACAUUUCCAAUGUUAUUAUCACUAUUUGACAUAUAUACAUAAUAUUUGCUUUUACUUUUAAGGAAAUAGUUUGACAAUAACAUCCUACCUUUGAUCCAAUUAGACAUUGAACAACAAAUGCUCAAGCAAAAAGUCAGUGCAGAUAAGCAGAUUUUGCCAUCAUCAGAAACAAUCAAGGUAAUCACUAAUUCCUACAGCUUCCUUGAGAGCCAAAUAGGAAAAUUGAAGAAAUGUGGUAAAAUACUGUGAAGUGAUGCUACUUUUCACAUGUAUUAAUGAGUGGAUAUUCAUGCAAUAAAUUAAUAUUGUCCCUUAAAUAAUUUCCUAUCUUUUUUUUAAUGAUUGGAAUGUUGUCUAAUGUGCCUAACCUAUAAAAAUUAAAACCUGUCAAUGUUUUUAGGAGUUGAGUUUUUAGUCUAUUUGUGUUUUAGUUUACAAAAAGCUUAAAAUAUCACAAAUUUUGUUAUAGUUAUGGUAACAGAAGUUCAUGUUGUCUGAUUUGGUUAAUCACUUGUACGAUUACACACUGAAUUGGACUCUAUUCACUCUUAUUCCAAAUAUGAUUAAUGUGUUAUCUAUCAAUGACACUUUUUCUUUUUUUUUUUUUCAUCUUGUUACUCCAUUUUAUGUCAUGUGGCUGUUCUUUAGGAAGUUUUUUCUUUUAGAAUUAGUCAUGAUUUAUUUGCCCAUAUGCACUCUUUUUUUCAUCAAAAAGCUGUAAAAAUAUUUCUUGAGAGAGUACUGGUAUCAUGCAAUUUACAGUAAAGGAACAAUAAUCAGCAUGUCAGAGCUAAUCUGGUCUUUUAGAAGCAUUUUUGUAGUUAGGUCUCAUAAUUCUGUCAUUUUUUUUUUCCAACCUACUCUUACUAGUAUUGCACUGGAGUACACAAGUAUGACAGAAAUGGCUAUAAACUCAGGACACGCAUCCUUAUACUUACAGACCAGGUAAAUAAAUUGUGAAACAUUUAUGUUGUUUGCAGACAAACUGUCAGUAUUAACUGGAGAGAACACUGUUGCCCUGAUAUCUAUGCACAGAUGAAUGGGAAUUAGUAUAGGUAAUAGCAUGAUUUGUAGUGAUAUUUGGCAUAAAUACCACGAGUGAUAUUUUGGAAUUGGUAUACAUAAUUUGAGACAAUUUUGAAAUAUCACGAGUGGUAUUUAUGCCAAAUAUCGCGUACAAAUUAUGCUAUUUUUUGUUUAUACUACUACCCGCAAAGGUUUUGUAAUUUUCACAUGUAGGUACUGUAUUUCAAAUUAAGCUGAAAUACCCCUGCUCUAAGCAAAUCAAACUGAAGAAUGUAGUAGUAUAAGGUAUAUAAUUUCUAUGGCCCACAUACAUACAUACGAGAUACAUACGAAAAAAAAACUUGAAUGUUUUAAUUGAAUGUUUUAAUGUAUUAAUUAAAAUAAAUUUACCCAUGCACUUGCCAAAUAAAUGCAUCCUUUCUUAUUUUUGCCACAACUUUGCCUGCCAAAAAAAAACAUUUGCAAGUAGCAAACUACCGGUAUUCCUGAUACACAAUCAUAUGUAACUGGCACAGGCAAUUGUUAUUGAAGGAAUUGAAGCACAUCAUUUUUAUGACAGGUUUUCACUAAAUGCUGUUCUGUAUGAAAACUUCAACAAUCAACAAUGAGAUUUAAUGCUAAUGUAAUGUUUUUGGAUCAAUGUAGGUUUCUGGGAAACUGACCACCUACCCCUCCCCUAAGCUAACAUUAGCACUUACUUCUCACAUAGGGCAAAAUGUUGGCUUAAAGGGGGGGUAGGUGGUCAGAUUCCCAGAAACCUUAAAUACUCCAUGUUUUUUGUAGGCCAUCUAUAUCCUUGAUGACAAGAACUACAAACUCAAGCACAGAAUUUCAAAUGGGAGUCUCAUAGGUGCAUACAGUUGAAAUUUAUAAUUUAUUAUCAGUCUGACCAUAUUUUGAAAUUAUGUUACUUGGCAACUUCCUUCAACAGUCUCCCACCUCUUCUUAUUUUUUAAUGCCCUCACUUGUUUCAGGUAUUUCAGUCAGUUCAAAAAAUGAUGGAGUCUUCGUUCUUCAUGUGCCAAUUGAUGAAAAGGCUGACAAGGUUUGUUUGAAGUGCAGUAUUUAAUGUGAGCACGCUCUUUGUAUCUGCUGUCCACACACCAAAAAGUGUCUUAAAUCGGACAUGUUCUAAACGUGGUAAAAACAAAGAAGUGGCACAGAGCUGCAGGCGAGUGUGUCUCUGAUGUUUUUACCACAUUUUGACGUCCUGCGUGAUCUAUUACUGCACAGACUCACGGCAAAAUGGAAUCUAUUUGUUUUAUCAGAAGCGUAUGCUUCUGGUUUUAUACAAUGAUCAGAAAAGAAAAAAAGACAAAUACACAUAAGAAACUUACUGCCUCGUACCACUUGACUGUUCAAGGAUUUGUGCUAGUUUAGGCAUUUUUUAAGUCCCAAACGCUACUUUUCGUCUCUGCUUCUUUUUUUCUUUAUCUUACUUGCAUCUUACUUGCAUUCACUUUUUCGACGUCUUCUCGUGUUCAAAGCAGAGUAAUGGUGAAAACAUUUUGCAAACGGCGAGUCUUUCGUGGCGAUGACACACGAUGGCAACUGUUGUGAAGAUUUCUUGCAGUUCAGACAUUCUCAAGUUGUCAAGAACUCUUUUUGUCUCCGUUUCUCCAUAAUUUCUUGUUUGCAAAUACCUCCUGCUAAACUUUUUACAAGGUUUUCACUGGCUUAAUCCGAAAUAAUCUCACCAACAUUUUCAAAACCACGCGCCAUGUUGAACAAGACAAAGAAAACAAGUUUCCCGUGACGUCAUCCUUGUAUCUGUACUCUAAUAGAGUGUUUUCACAUGACCUCACGGCGGCCAUAUUGGUGUCCCAAAACAAUGAAACGGCGGCCAUGUUGGUGUCCCAAACCAAUCCUCUGGGAGUUGAACACUUUUCUUGUGCAAACGCUUUCUUUUGUUUCAAUAAAUUUGCAUAGAUGCUUGCCACGUGAGUGACAACGAUCUAUAGAUUAUGGGCAACGACCAAUCACAGCGGGAGUAGCGUUCACAUAAUUGUAUAAAAAAUACAAGAUAGUAUCUAUAUAGCUGGCAAGUGUCCUUUUUUGAAUUGACUGGAUUUCCCCUUGUCACCAUUAUCUAAAUUAUUUCUCAUUAUUAUUUUAUUUUUCAAACUUCCCUAGGGUGAUAUUAUUCUUACAAGCACUUAUGUCAUUGAAACAGUAGUUUACAUCCUCUCAGCUCUCAACAACAACCAGCUUCUCAAAAUUGAAUCAGGAGAGUAAGUCUGGAUAAGAUUUUAUUGUCUUUGCACUUACUACCAUGACUUUAUCCACUGAGCAGUUACUUUCAAGAUUGCAAUACUGUCAGUGUGUGAUGAUCCUUUUGGGUUUCUGGGAAACUGCCCACCUACCCCUCCCCCAAACCAACAUUAACACUCACUUCUCACUUUUAGGGAAGGGGUAGGUGGGCACUUUCUCAGAAAUCUAAAUUGGUCAAGUUAUCGUGUAGGAGUGCAUCUAGCCUGUGUAGCAAGCGUUUCCGUUUAGUUUCGGAGCAAAAAAAGACCGAGGAAGGGGAUUUUCGGUUUUGACCGCGCGAGAACGAGAACGAGAGCCAUUUUUGCGCAAUUUUUCGCGCGGACUUUGACCCUUGUUCCUCGUUCUUUGCUCCAAAACCGCACAGAAACCCUUGCUACGCAGACUAGAGUGCAUCAAACAAUCAGUUCAUUAAUAUGUUGGCUCUUAACAAGCGGUCAGUAAACUUGUCUUGUAAUUCCAUUCUGUAAGACCAUUUUGUAGCUUUAGCUUGUUUUUCUGUAAUUCUUAUUUAUCCACAUAGUUUACUUUACAAUAUAAUCUGCUUAUGACUGCUGUAAUCUUUCCUCUCUGCCUGCGUGGUCUAGCUUUUGCUAUUUGUUGGUGGAGAUGGCAAAACGAUGAGUAUAAAAAUAUAGUAUGGUGUGUGAGGCAUAUUGUCGUGAGAAUGUUGUGACUUUUUUCACAAGUAAGCCCUCAUUUUCCUCAGGGAUUUUAGUAGAGCAAGUAAAGUAAGUAAACGUGGAUGAAAAUUGACAGGUGCAAGGAUUAAAGGUGUGGGACUAGUUGAAGUCCACAGUUAAGGCUUAAGUAAAAGUGAUGAUGGAACCAUUAAUUAAAUAUACUGACCAGUACUUUAAUUUUUUCCCUAGAAUAAAGCAUAACAUGGCAAACAAGAUUCCCAGAAACCUUAAAUACUCCAUGUUUUUUGUAGGCCAUCUAUAUCCUUGAUGACAAGAACUACAAACUCAAGCACAGAAUUUCAAAUGGGAGUCUCAUAGGUGCAUACAGUUGAAAUUUAUAAUUAUCAGUCUGACCAUAUUUUGAAAUUAUGUUACUUGGCAACUUCCUUCAACAGUCUCCCACCUCUUGUUAUUUUUUAAUGCCCUCACUUGUUUCAGGUAUUUCAGUCAGUUCAAAAAAUGAUGGAGUCUUCGUUCUUCACGUGCCAAUUGAUGAAAAGGCUGACAAGGUUUGUUUGAAGUAUUUAAUGUGAGGACGCUCUUUGUAUCUGCUGUCAACACACCAAAAAGUGUCUUAAAUCGGACAUGUGCUAAAUGUGGUAAAAACAAAGAAGUGGCACAGAGCUGCAGGCGAGUGUGUCUCUGAUGUUUUUACCACAUUUUGACGUCCUCUGUGAUCUAUUACUAUUACCCACGGCAUUACUUAUUACCCACGGCAAAAUGGAAUCUAUUUGUUUUAUCAGAAGCAUAUGCUUCUGGUUUUAUACAAUGAUCAGAAAAGAAAAAGAAAAGACUAAUGCACAUAAGAAACUUACCUAGUGCCUCGUACCACUUGACUGUUCAAGGAUUUGUGCUAGUUUAGGCAUUUUUUAAGUCCCAAACCCUACUUGUCGUCUCUGCUUCUUUUUUCUUUAUCUUACUUGCAUUCACUUUUUCGACGUCUUUUCGUGCUCAAAGCAGAGUAAUGGUGAAAACAUUUUGAGAACAGCGAGUCUUUCGUGGCGAUGUCACACGAUGGUAACUGUUGUGAAGAUUUCUUGCAGUUUAGACAUUCUCAAGUUGUCAAGAACUCUUUUUGUCUCCGUUUCUCCAUGAUUUCGUGUUUACAAACAGCUCCCGCUAAACUUUUUCAAGGCUUUUACUUGCUUAAUCCAAAAUAAUCUCGCUAACAUUUUCAAAACCACGCGCCAUGUUGGACAAAACAACUGAAGAAAACAAGUUUCCGGUGACGUCAUCCUUGUAUCUGUACUCUAAUAGAUCAUGGGCAACGACCAAUCACAGCGGGAGUAGCAUUCACAUAAUUGUAUUAAAAAAAACUAGAUAGUAUCUAUAUAGCUGGCAAGUGUCCUUUUUUGAAUUGACUGGAUUUGCCCUUGUCACCAUCAUCUAAUUAUUUUAUUUUUCAAACUUCCCUAGGGUGAUAUUAUUCUUACAAGCACUUAUGUCAUUGAAACAGUAGUUUACAUCCUCUCAGCUCUCAACAACAACCAGCUCCUCAAAAUUGAAUCAGGAGAGUAAGUCUGGAUAAGAUUUUAUUGUCUUUACACUUACUACCAUGACUUUAUUCAGUGAGUAGUUACUUUCAAGAUUGCAAUACUGUCAGUGUGUGAUGAUCCUUUUGGGUUUCUGGGAAACUGCCCACCUACCCCUCCCCCAAACCAACAUUAACACUCACUUCUCACUUUUAGGGGAGGGGUAGGCGGGCACUUUCUCAGAAAUCUAAAUUGGUCAAGUUAUCUAGCCUGCGUAGCAAGCGUUUCCGUUUAGUUUCGGAGCAAAAAAAGACCGAGGAAGGGGAUUUUCGGUUUUGACCGUGCGAGAAAUGAAACGAGAGGCAUUUUUUGGCAAUUUUUCGCGCGGUCUUUGACUGUUGUUCCUCGUUCUUUGGUCCUAAACCGCACAGAAACGCUUGCUACGCAGGCUAGAGUGCAUCAAACAAUCAGUUCAUUAAUAUGUUGGCUCUUAACAAGCGGUCAGUAAAUUUGUCUUGUAAUUCCAUUCUGUAAGGCCAUUUUGUAGCUUUAGCUUGUUUUUCUGUAAAUCCUUAUUUAUCCACAUAGUUUACUUUACAAUAUAAUCAGCUUAUGACUGCUGUAAUCUUUCCUCUCUGCCUGCGUGGUGUAGCUUUUGCUAUUUGCGGGCGAAGAUGGCAAAACGAUGAAUAUGAAAAUAAAGUAUGGUGGUGUGAAGCAUAUUAUUGUGAGAAUGUUGUGACUUUUUUGACGAGCAAGCUCUCAUUUUCCUCAGGGAUUUUAGUAGAGCAAGUAAAGUAAGCAAACGUGGAUGAAAAUUGACAGAUGGAAGGAUUAAAGGUGUGGGACUAGUUGAAGUCCACAGUUAAGGCUUAAGUAAAAGUGAUGAUGGAACCAUUAAUUAAAUAUACUGACCAGUACUUUAAUUUUUUCCCUAGAAUAAAGCAUAACAUGGCAAACAACAAGACAGGAACAAUUUCAUUCUACGAUGGGUAAGUAAAAUAUCAAGUUCUCAUUAAAGCAACCACUCAGUCAGCACUUGAAUAAAAGAAUUCACUUCUUUUCUUUAAUUUUAUCACCAUAUUAUUAACUUCUUCAGCUCCGAAUUGUUGAUCAAAAAGGGACAAGCAGGUGAUUUGGAAGUGGUGAGUGUCAUCGUCAUGUUUUAG